CGAGAGUGUAGAAGCUUCGGUUCGAAAUGUUCGGAAUGUUGAUACAUCACUGUCGCAAAUGCGGAUGAGAGAAAGUUUAUAAAGCCCCGGUGCAAUUAGCAGGUAGUAGUUAGUUUAGGCCGUAAUCUUAGAAGUACCAGUUGAUAAUACCGAAACUUAACCAUUCCGCAAUUUGAAAUUAUAAGAGAAUUGACAACGUUUAACCAGAGACCCAAACUUGAAGGUAUACGUAUUUGAGAAGCUUUCGACAAUGCUUCAUAGCCAGAGUGCGGAAUCGGAUUUACGUAGUCGAAAAUGCGGAAAGCAAGUGAACAACAACAACAAACAAGGCGGUGAUGACGACACUUCGUCUUGGUUGGAUGAAGUAGCACAGACAACAAGGCAACCGUACACAGAACUCAUAACUGAACCAACUCACAAUACCCAAUUGACCGAAAUGUCAGCAGCAACAACUGUGAAAUCAACGCCUCAUCGAAGUAAUCCAGGCGAAGGUUCCACUAAGGAGUUGGAAAGCGAAGUCGACGACGACGACAUGUGGCGUAAUGAGCUGCAGCAAAAGGAUCUGCUCCUGCCAGAGGCUGAGCCCAAGCAACAGGAGUCAUCGAAGAAAUACAGCAACGUGGCCGAUAUAGUUAUACGUAUAAUGAUUGUAUUGGCAUUUUUCAAAUUGGAAACGAUGAACGCAUUUAAGCGGGAAAUCCACGUCGAAGAGCUAUGGCUGUAUAAAAAUCCAAUCCGUCCGGAUAUUGUUAAGAGUGGCGAUCUGCUGUUUUUGGUAAUUGCCGUACCAUUUGGCCUUACAUCAUUAAUCUACGCAUUUACCAAAGACCGCAGAGACUUUCGGGCUGCCAGCUGGGCGUGGACAUUAGCGGUGUGCAUGAAUAGCAUCCCGACGAGUUUAUUAAAGAUUACCGUCGGACGACCGCGUCCAGACUUCUUCUAUCGUUGCUUUCCCGAUGGUGUUAUGGUGUUAAACGAAACUGCCAGCGCUCUUGGCAGCGCACUACUCGAUUUUAAUUGCACGGGCAAGCCGAGCAUUAUAAACGAGGGACGCAAGAGCUUCCCUAGUGGACACUCAUCCUUUGCCUUCGCCAGCUUUGGGUUUGUCACUUACUAUAUUGGCGCCAAGCUACAUGCCUUCGACGCACGUGGAAGGGGUCAGACUUGGCGAAUAUGCAUUUCUGUUCUGCCUCUUAUUGUGGCCGCCUUAGUGGCUGUUAGUCGCACCUGCGACUAUCAUCAUCAUUGGCAGGACGUGACAGUGGGCGGACUUAUUGGUAUAUUCUGCGGAUACUUCAGCUACAGACAAUAUUAUCCCUCAAUAUUCUCGAACAAUGCGGGCAAGCCAUAUGUCCGUUGGCCCAAACAUAAGCGAUCAGAGACAGAUUCAAUAGAGGAUGAAGUCCCAAACAGCGAAGUCUGUAGUUCGCUGCUUAGUAAACAGACGAGCAAGUGGUUCUAAAGCUUAAGGUUUUAACUGUUACAUCGAACAAGUAUUUUUAAGGGCGUAAAAAGUACAUGUGGUCUACUAAUAGACAUUUAACGACUUGCGAAAUUUACGCUAAGGUAUUCCUAAUGGUAAAUCAUACCAGUUAAUAUUGGCUUUAAUGCACAGCUGUGCGGGAAUUCUGUUCAGGUUAGAUGUACGUAUGUAUGUAAUAGCAUAGUGUAGCUGGGUAUUGUAGAUCAAUUGUUAAGCUAAGUACGAGGCGUGGCACAUACAUAUUAACUUAUAAAACUAAUCAAUAUCAAUAA